AGGUUAGUCUUAAAAAGUGUGAUUGUUUUAUCAAUUUUCAACAAACACGUUUUAUCAUUGAUAAAUUCGAAUAGAGUUUGGUUUUAAUAGGCAAGCACGCUUUGUGUGAUAGAGAAAAAAAGCUACACAUGACAAGCUUCGAUUCACUAAAGGCGACGACCAGGUUUAAGCGAACUUUUAAAGAGCGUACAAAACUUGUGGCGGAAGCACCAUCGACUUCUCCAAAGAAAGUCUGUCUAACUCAAUGUUCCUCUAGCAUGAACGGAGAUGAGGACUGUUCAACAACUCGUCCUAGUAGAACUGAAAUAUAUGCAAUUGAACUAACAACAGAAGCAUGCGGAUCAUCAUGUAAACGGAAAUUGGGAGUUAUGAAACUCCCAACCGAUUCCUCAUUAUCAUGUGCCAGAACAAAAAUUGUUGUCCUUAUACGCUAUUUACCAGCCAGUUUUAUAUUUUUAACUAAAGAUGGAUAUCCAAUAACAAAAGAUGACGAGAAUCAAUUUACCUGCUCGGAUAUUUGUGAUGAAAGAAAUUUAAUAAAAAUUCAGAAGAAUUUUGAGAAACCUCGAAUUGGUGUACAAGAUGUAAAAAAUAAUGAUUUCGGUUUUAUAUUUAUUGAUCACACUUGCGGUUUAUCAGCACUUAGAACAGCCAUUCAAACGGAGUUAAAAGUACCAGAAAAUUUUCGCUUUAAAGAUUCCAACAAUUGGCUUGUAAUUAAAGAACACGAAGCUAAAUUGGUGGUUCUAGACGUUCUUCAGGGAGCCGUUGUAAAAAUUACUGAAGUUAAGAAAAGGCCUCUUCCUCCUCCCCCUCCUCCUCCUCCUCCUCCUAUCCAGGCUGCUGGUGAUGACUACAAAGAUAUUCUUAUUUCGUAUGUUAGACAAGAGGCUGCGGAAUUCGCUCUCCUAUUAAAAUCAGCUUUGAUUCGAAAAUUUGUUACAGUCUACCUAGAUGUUCAUGAAAUUAAGCCUGGAAUUGACUGGCAAGAUUCUUUAAACAAUGCAGUUACUCAUUGUCAAUUAUUUGUUCCAUUAAUAACGAAAAAUUACGGUGAAACGCAAUGGACCAAUAGAGAGGUUAAACUAGCCGAUGUACUAAGAAAACCUAUUCUUCCAGUUACGUUUUUAACGCAUUGGCCCCCCCAACCGUUAGCCAUUCAGUUCGCUUCAACUCAGUAUGUUACCUAUCGUCCAGAUUUAAAUAUUAAGGGAACUGCUGAUACUCAAUCCGUCUAUAGCGAAGUUCUUUCGCCUAACUCUCAAGAAAAUGCAAAUACAAUAGAAAAUACUAAAUGGCAUCCAGAACAUGUUGAAUUUGUUGCCGAUGAAAUAGGAAAAUUUCUUCGAGAUUCGAACAAUGACAAUUCGAAGAAACUUAAGACAUCUUUAGCAAGACAACCAUCGAAGUUAAAGAGCUAUCCAAAAACAUCAAAACUUCCCAUUGAUAUAGGUUAUCAAGUAAGGGGAAAUAAAGAAGGAAAUCCUUUAGUUGUAAUAAGUCUUCAUCCUGCUAAAAAUUCUUUUGGACAAAAAAUAGCCAAGUUAGUAGAAGAUGUUUGUGUCGAUGUCUGGCUUUCAACAUCUUGUGAAUCCCUAGCCGAUGAACCAACACUCCCUGAAAAUGUCUCACCAAAAUUACGUAACUCGGAAUUUUUUUCACCAACUCCGGAAGCUAGUUUAAAGCGCAGUUCAAUCUUUCAAGAUAAAGCAAACGAGGCAGGUUGCAUAAUUUUGCUAUUAUCGAAAGAGUUUAUAGCAUCCAAUAUAUCAAAAAGCCAUCUUUACUAUUGUGAGCAUAGAAAACGACUCAUACCAAUAAUAUGCGACGAUUUUGAGAUGCCUGCGUGGACUAAUCGUUUAAUCAAUAGCAGACUAAUUAUUGACGCUAGAACAAAGAAUUUUGAAGAAACUCUCAAGUAUAACAUAAGAAAAGCCCUUCAUACAAGUGCAAGGUUUUGUUGGGCGGAUGAUGUGGAGGAGGAAAAAAUUUCCACCGCUUCCAACUUAAUAAAGAAACUGAUGCCUACAGGAUUUAGCGUGUACGUCACAGGUUCCAAGUUGAUAAACAAUGAAGAGACAAGAAAUAUCUGCAAACUUAUAGGCCAACAUCUGGCAGCUUUGGAGAACGUUCAUAUUGUAACUGGUGGAUUCAAAGGUGUUGGGGAUGUUGUUGCUAGAUCAGCAUUCGAUGAAAGGAACGACGUGGUGGAUGAUGAAAAGCAUAUAUGGCACAUACUUCCCAGAAAAGACGACUACAAAUAUUCAGAUGUGGCCGACCAAAACGAAGAUGGAACAUUUGAAAUGGUGGAAUAUGGCAAUACUGUAUUUUCAGGCGAUUCCGUCAAGGAGAGAGAGAUUAUAACUUCAAGAGUUUUCGAUAUAUGUAUUCUCAUCGGUGGCGGUCCCGAGUUAGCUAAGGAAAUAGACCAUUUCGUUUGGAGUGAGAAAGUAGUGUUACCAAUCAGAAAAACAGGUGGAGCAGCUGAUGGUAAAUACGACAUUUCACCAAAAAUAUUUGAUCUACCUGUAGCAGUAUCAUUGGAGGACUGGUCUGUCUUGUUGGAUGAUCAAGCUUCACCAGAAAGAAUUGGAAAGGCUGUAGCCAAAAUAACAAUGGACUUGAAAAAGCAACAUGCUGUGGAAGCACCAUCUCAAUAUGCAACAACCCCUUUUGAAACUCCCGUUGGCAUGAAGAAGGGAUUUUUAUUUAAACAAAAUACUUUAGAGCAGAGUUAGAUAUAAUAUAUGAUUUUUCUAUCAAAUCCUUGUUUGUUAAGAUAUGUUUGUUUCUUUAAAUUUUUUUUUAGAUAUCUUCAUCAAAAACAACGUUCAUGAUUGAUUGUUUUCUUACUGUGUAAGAGAAUUCACAUUAAAUGGUAAUAUACAGUAUACUAUAUACAGUAUAUAUAUAUAUAUAUAUAUAUAUAUAGUGAGAAAUCGCUUUCGUAGUCUUUAAAGAAAGUUGUGAAGACUAAAUAAGUAUAUAUAUGUGCCUGUAUAUUUACAGAAGACUGCCUUUAUAAAUUUCAACUUGCUAAUAUUUACAAAUGUCGUUGGUUUAUUAGUCUCCAACUGGUUGGUUAGUUCUCUCUAUCAACGUCCUGGGAUAUUGAACGAAUAUCGCUGUAGAUUGACAGUUCUCUCUCUCUAACUCAACUUUUUUUAAAUAUUUAUUGCGAAACUGCUCUUUUCUUAACUUAAUACAUCUUCUUUCAACCAUCCAUUGGAGAAAGACAGUAAAAAUAGGUGUAACAGCUACAAGUAUGAUGAACGAAAAUAGCAUAAGAAGGCAAGAAAAAGCCGUAGAGAGAGCUAAAUCACCUCUGACCCUUGAUUUAGAUAUUGUAGAAUUAGGAUUUCUUUCCAAAAAUUCCCUGAUAUAUUCAUAAGAAUUUUGAUAUUGAUAAAAUGGUAAUGUUCUAUACCACAAUAAAUUAUAGUCUGUGGAAUGUCCAUUAAAUGUAGUUUCAAUCCUUUCUUUGGCUAAUAAAUAACUUUCCUUUGGCUUUAAAUAACGUUCCAUUAUUGACCUACGAACUUUAUUCGAUUUUCCUUCUCUUUGUUGUAAUAAAUCACUCUCAUAAGUAUGGAUUAAUUGGAAAACGAGGAAUAAUAACCUCAUAAUUUAUCAUCAACAAAUGGAGGUAAAUAGUUUGAAGAUCUCUUGAUCUUUUUAUUUUGUUUUUGUUUUUGUUGUAAUUAAACACAUUAAUAUUAAAC